AUGACCAGUGGGAGCAUCAGCAGGUCGUUGGUGAGCUCCAGGAGGAUGACGCAGACAGAGACAGUCAUCCUCAUCGUGCCGCCGAGGAAGGAGGCGGCGCCGAGGAGGGCGAAGAGGCCCGCGUCGAGGUCGGAGACGGAGCCGAGGAGGGUGCCGAAGAUGCGGCCGUAGGAGGCGCCAGCGAGGAUCACGGGGAUGAAGAGCCCGGAUGGGACGGCGAUGCCGUAGGUGAACAGGCCGAGGAGGUAGACGGCGGUGAAGAAGAUGAGCAGCGUGGAGAUGCGGAACUCGUUGUCGGUGUUGCCGCUGAAGAGGUUGCGGAUAGCGUCGUCGUUGGUGUUGAGGAACAGGGAGGCCAGGUCGUUGUAGUGGCCGGGGGGGCACUGGAAGUUCUUGAAGUUGCCGGAGCGGCCGAUGGUCGGGCACUGCUCCUUCAGCCCCGCCGGGCACGGCGUGCACCGCGCGAACCACGGCAGGCCGUACGCGCAGAACGAGGUCACCAGCGAUAUACCCAUCGUCAGCAGAAUCUUGAACGGCGCUCCCUUCCUGAAAAAAUCAUUUCCCUCUCUCUCUAUUAG